GGUUCUUUUAGAUGUAGUUCACAGUGGCUUUGCAAAUAAUUUACAAGGCAUUAUUAAGGCUUUUAACAGACUGCUUUCAUCAAGUCAUUAAGCAUAUUGGAAAAUCAAGCGUAAUAUCCAGGAAAUUAUAGUAAUCUCAUUAAUCUCAUUAAUACUCCUUUUGGAGAAAGUUAUUGUUAGAUUAGUGAUGACGUUCAAGGUUGUACUACACUAUCAUUGUUGGUAAAUGAAAUCCUUUUACUGUAUAAAGCCCUUGGGUUUUUCCAAUAAUGUACUGAUUACCUUCCACUUAAAGCUAUCAAACAGUGAGUCAGAUAUAUUAUCAGGUGGAGAGAUACUCUACAAAUGAGGAGCCACAUAACAGAAAUAGCAGUAAUAUAUAUAGACUUCUACUAAACUGAAAAAAAUACAGACUUUGUUUUCAUUGUUGGAUUAGGCCAUGUAGGGCUAGUUUCACAGACACACAGAUCAAGCCUCACAUUUUUGCCAUAUAAAAGAAAACUUUGGAUUUACUACUAUCUAUCAGAUCUGAAGAUUGUAAAAUCAGAGUCGUAAAGGUUUGGUCUACUUUCCUUGUAAAUCAUUAGCUUCUACUUUUAACCUGCAAACCACUGAACACGUUAAAAAGCUGUCAAUUGCUCUUGUUCAUUUAACGGGGUAGAAACGUGGAUUCCAGUCUCCUUCCCAACAAGUUACUUUCACACACUCAGACUGAAAUAAAACAGAUUUCAAGUAUGGACAUCAGCAAGGAGUUGCGAAAAAGAAAGAAUAUAAUUAUCGGUGCUUUGGCUAUCUCCAUUGUCAUCAUCAUCCUGGGGCUUGGACUGGGGCUCGGAAUGCAAGUACGAGACUGUCAAAACAAAGUGAUUCCCAGUAACUGUAGGAACAGAUGCUACGAGCCCUUUGACGACCAGACAUCAGGCUGUCGCUGUGACAUGCAGUGUGUCACCAACAACAACUGUUGCUAUGAUUUCCAGGACAUCUGUCUCCUGCCAACUCAACAAUGGGAGUGUACGAAACUGCGCUGUGGAGAAAAGAGGUUGACGAAGAGCAGAUGUCACUGCUCUGAUGACUGCAUGGAACAUGGGGACUGUUGCACCAACUUCAAACAUGUCUGUCAAGGAGAAACCGAAUGGGUGGCUGAUAAAUGUGUGGAUCUGGCGAGGCCAAACUGUACAGCGAGCUUUAAAAAGCAGCCUUUGCUCCUCAUCUCACUGGACGGCUUGAGAGCAGAAUAUCAACAAACAUGGAGUCAUCUGAUCCCUGUCUUAGACAAACUGAGAACCUGUGGCACCUCUGCUCCUUUCAUGCAGCCUGUGUUCCCAAGCAAGACCUUCCCCAAUCACUACACAAUAGUCACGGGUAUGUACACCGAGUCCCACGGUCUGAUUGACAACAACAUGUACGACCCUGUGUUUGAUGCUUCCUUUAGUCUCUCCAACGAAGAGAAGUCCAACCCAAGAUGGUACCUGGGUCAGCCUAUCUGGCACACUGCAAGUUACCAAGGACUGAAAUCUGGAACCUAUUUCUGGCCAGGCUCAGAUGUCAAAAUCAAUGGUAGUUUCCCGGACAUCAGCGUAGAGUUUAACAGCAAAAUACCUUUUGAGGAAAGGGUCUUCUCAAUCCUGAAGUGGCUACAGUUGCCAGAGAAAGAGAGGCCAGAUUUCUUCACUUUGUACCUGGAGGAGCCAGACAAGUCAGGACACUCCUUUGGUCCCGUCAGUGGAGGGUUGAUCGAGGCUCUGAUAGGAGUGGACAAGAUCAUUGGACAACUGAUGAAUGGACUCAAACAGUUGAACCUGCAUAACUGUAUCAACAUAAUUAUAAUAGCUGACCAUGGUAUGGAGGAUACAAGUUGUGACAGGAAGGAAGUCCUCCAGGAUCUCCUCCAGGUGGAUGACGUUAGUCAUUUAUACGUCUACCAAGGACCAUUUGGACGAAUUAGAUCAGAUAAAAAAAAUCAACCAUUGGACUCGGCUAGCCUGGUAGCCAACAUGACGUGCAAAAAGAACGAUCAGAAGAUCAAAGCUUACCUGAAGAACAAUCUGCCCAAACGGUUUCACUACGCAAACAGUAGACGGAUCGAGGACGUCAGUGUGUUAGUUAAUCCAGGAUGGCUGUUCGAGAGGUUCCCGGGGUCUUUGACCUUUUGUGCAGGUGCAGAUCAUGGGUAUGACAAUGAUGAUCCUGACAUGCAUGCCAUGUUCUUAAGCUAUGGACCCAAGUUUCAUUACAAAACCGAAAUAGAACCAUUCUCCAACAUUGAGCUCUACAAUCUCAUGUGUGAUGUGUUGGAGAUCUCCCCGUCCCCUAACAAUGGAAGCCAUGGCAGUAUGAACCAUCUCCUGAGAACUCCUUGGUAUUUUCCUACCCACCCUGCCGAGGAGACAAACCCUGGGCAGUGCCCUCUGGUGACACUUGACCCUGUUGAUUCCCUGAACUGCACAUGCUCCUCCUUGAAUGGAACAAAUCCAAAUAGUCGUCUCAAUCUUACAGCAGUUGAAGUGGCUGCUGCUGAGCGGAAGCACACUUUGUUUGGCAGACCAAAAAUGUUGCAACCCACUGAAGACUACUGCCUACUGUAUCAUCAUGGCUUUGUCAACGCCUAUAGCAAGAGAUCACUGAUGCCAGUAUGGAACUCAUUCACCGUGGAAAAACCUGAGAACACUGACACCUUACCGGGAGUGACUCCAGAUUGCCUGAGGGCUGAUGUCCGCAUCCCUGCCAAAAAAAGUCCCAGAUGUGACCAAUAUGACAAAGCUGGGAACAUUACCCACGGUUUCCUCUACCCUCCCAAUCUGCAAAAGGCAGGAGAGGAGGAGUAUGACGGCCUGUUGAUGAGCAAUGUUGUUCCAAUGUUCCCUGAAUUCAAGAGGAUCUGGGAUUACUUCCAGUCUACAUUGCUGAAGAAAUAUGCCAGACAGUACAAUGGCAUUAAUGUGGUGACAGGCCCAGCAUUUGAUUACAACUAUGAUGGCCAGUUUGAUUCUCAAGACCAAAUACAACAGUUUGUAGCAGAUACAAAUAUUCCAAUCCCAACCCAUUACUUUGCAGUCCUCACAAGCUGUAAGGACUCACAACCAGUCAGCAGCUGUAACAAUGAACUCCAGACCGUUUCCUUCUUGAUACCACACAGAUGGGACAACUCAGAGAACUGUAAUAGCCGUGACACUGCAUCUCUUUGGGUCGAAGACCACCUGUGGUUUCACCAAUCACGUGUCAGAGAUGUAGAGUGGAUCACUGGAUUAGAUUUCUAUCAGGGAAGCACCAGGCCUAUCUCAGAACUUCUACGGAUAAAGACGCGCCCCACUGCUGCCAUUCACAGAAGGCCUUGAAAUGAUCUUUAAUAUGCAUUUAAUUUAUACAUAAACAUAAAUAUUAAAUAGCAAAUGUUUGAAACAGCAAUGAAAAAAAUACUAAAUUGUAACAAAAAGAGACUUGACAGCCUGUAACUAAAGUAACUAAACAGACUUCCUUUUUGUUUUGCCUGUGUUCCGAUACAUUAACUAAACAGACUUCCUUUUUGUUUUGCCUGUGUUCCUAUACAUUAACUAAACAGACUGCCUUUU